AGGGGUUUUGGAUUUUUUUUCAAUGGUCUGCCCAACGGGUCUGGAGGGGUUUCGGAAUUCUUUUUCAAUGGUCUGCCCAACGGGCCCGGGGGGAUUCGUUUUUCAAUGGUUCGCCCAACGGGUCGCACCUAGGGCGCUUCGGGUGGGAUCUGCCCCGGCUCAGGUCGAGAGGACCCUGCCAGGGGGGCACUUCUGGCGGGACCCAGCCCCGGCUCAGGUCGGUUACAUCCUGGCCAAGAGGACCCUGGCAAUUCAGGUCCUGGUUGAGAGGAUCACCCAGGGCACCUAGGGCACCUGGGCGGGACCCGCCCCGGCUCAGGUCGGUAGGGCACCCAGGGCACCUAGGGCACCUGGGGGUCAGUUACGGGCGCGCUCGCUUACGUCUGACAUCCACGAUAAAAAGAACGCAGUUUUUCACCUGCAGGUCGCGGACCUCCACCAGGCCGCAUUGCUUGCCCUAGUGGCGAUGGUAGUCAUCUUGACUCUUGCUUGCCGGUCCUUUUUCUAUAGGGCGGACAACAAAAUGGUCCGACUAAAGGGACGGCCCUCGGCUCACGCGGCUCGAGGGCCGCCAUUUCCGGAAAAAAACACCAUUUUGUUUGUUUUUCCGUAAAUUCAGCUUUGCGUGGUUUUUGAGCGUGAUUUUGCAUGACAGGUUGCCGGUGUUGCGUUUUUCUCAUGAUUUUCACGUUGUCGGUCGUGUUUGGAAAGAGCUUCCCCAAGCACGUGAGCCUUGUGAAGGCGAGAUUCGGGGACGUUCUGGGGUCGGGCGGCAGGGAACCGCUCGCGGGUGCAAAGACUUCGACGUGCAGAUCUUCUCGCAGUGGAUCCAAUUCGUGCUACUGGGGACUCUGUGGCUGGGCACCUGUGCGGAUUGGUGUCAACUCGGCCUUUGAGCAGUGUUUCAGGCUUUGUUUUGACAUCGAGGCAUACUGUUUGGGUCCCAACUCGCCAAUCUGCCCGUGUAUCUUUGGAAAUCGUGACCUCGUUGAGCCAGGCACUGCGAACUUUUGAGCUUCCGCCCGGGCCCUCGCCGCGUUCCAUUGUCAUGGCCAAGAAGUCCCGUGCAGGUUAUUGUCAUUUGAUCUUUGUCACCAAUCUGUCAGCCCCCUUGAUCUUUGACCCAGUGAACCCCUGGAACCCCUGGAAC